AAAACCUGUUAAUAAGUUAAGUGAAAUGGUCUCUAGUGAGGAAGAACCGGAGGUUAAAACGAGUGAUCCGUUAACAUGGGACGUCGAUAUGGAAAUACAAUUGUUUUAUGCGAUGGCUAACCACAAGCCGGUUGGCAUAAACAAACAUUUCCACAUGGCGUGUAUUUGGGAAAAGCUCUCAAAUUCUAUAACUAAAGAAAUAUCUACCCAAGAUAUAUGGAAGCAUUUAGAAAGUCUGUAUGAUUUAAAUUUAUUGGAAGACACUGAGCCAAUACCAUUUCCGAAUCAUGAAACACCGUUUAGUUUACCAGAGACUGAAUUCGGAUCACUAAUGAAACAGAAGUGUAAGGAGGCUAUAUUAGCGGACGAUAGUGAAGAUGGGAGGAGUCCUUCACCUAAGCCUUCAACACCUAGAAGCAGUUCUAGGGGCACUGCGUCUAAAGAUAGUACACCCAAAGGCAGCCGUAAGGACAGUGUGAGCGCACUGGCCACUAAAACACGCAAAGAGAGUGGCAGUUCCCAUGCCUCGACUGAUACUCCCAGCAUCAAGUCGGAAAAAGAUUAUGACCGUAGGAGAGAUUCUCGGGACUCAAACGCGUCUGGCCCGCGCGACAGUUCGAGCAGUAGAAAGUCAACAUCACAGAGAGAAAAGGUUCCAAAGACCAAAGUUAGCUCAGUAGCAGCAUGGGACUCUCCACUAAUAGACGAAGAUGGCGGAUCGCGACGUGGACGUAGAAGAGCGAAUACCUCAACACCUCCUGCGACAACUCCCGCCAAGCGCAGGCGCACUUGACAAACACACCCACACACGUACCGCCAUUUCUUCUGACACACACAACCACGCCCCUGGUGGGAACUUAGACCUCACUCAGGGCGAUCAAGAAGACCCCACGCCGUUGAUGUAUUUUUCUCAUGAAUGGUGUGAAAAUAUUGUGUGAACAGACAUUUCAAAUUGCAUUUGA